UAUGUUGUCAGUCGAGUUUAUUGUUUAUUUGUGUCAGACUCAUGAGAGUGACUUCAUUUAUGGUAGCGCAAUAUUUAGUGAAUUAAUAAAAAAACAACAAAAACAAUAACCAUAGUGAACGUGAAACGACAAGUGCGAAGCAAGUGUCAACAACAACAAACAAGCAGCUACCAUAUUUGACCAUAUUUUCGAUAAGUAAACUACGAAAUCGCUGUAAUUUAAUUGGAUAAAACUAUUGUUGAGAGAACACACAGUUACAAUCUUGAACUUUCCAGGCAAUGAGUUCAAGUAAUAAAGAUAGUGCAGCUUCUGUUGCUGCCCAUAUGAAUGGAGAAGGCAGCAGCACCACUACGGGUACAAACAUAUUGUCCACCCAGCUAGCAACAUAUCGAGUGUUUGUGGUCACUUGGAAUGUUGGUUCCCGUUUUCCAGACAACAUUUCAUUGCGCAACUUGUUGGGUAUUAGCAAUCUGGUCGAAGAUCAUCAUUUACCCGAUAUAUAUGCUAUUGGAUUGCAAGAGGUCAAUGUUCAACCUCAACAACAAGUAUUGGGUUUGUUCAAGGAAGACCCUUGGACGGACAAGGUCAAGCACUUGUUGAAGGAUUUCAAUUAUGUGCUCAUUAAAACCGAGCAAAUGCAAGGAUUAUUGGUUAGCUUAUUUGUGAGACGGCAGCAUGUACCACAUUUACGUGAUAUUGAACCAGAAUUUACACGGACUGGAUUCGGUGGCAUUUGGGGCAAUAAGGGUGCCGUUUCGGUGCGUUUCAAUCUUUAUGGCUGUGCCUUGUGUUUUGUGGUAUGCCAUUUGGCUGCCCAUGACCAUCAUUUGGACGAGAGGAUUGAGGAUUUCAAACAAAUAAUGGAUAAUCACCACUAUCAUGUGCCACGCUAUAGGGAAAUCUAUGACCACGAUUACGUUUUUCUUUUUGGUGAUUUAAAUUUCCGCCUUAUGGGUGAUGAUUCAGCCCAGGAAAUUCGUGAUAAAGUUAUCAAAGACGAGGCUCUAGAGGAAUUAAUGAGUCGUGAUCAGCUUUCAUAUGUUCGGCAACAGACACAAGAGGCAUUCCAAUUACUGCAAGAACGUAAACCUGCCUUUCCACCCACCUUUAAGUUUCACGAAGGUACUUCGGACUAUAAUCUGAAGAGAAGACCAGCAUGGACAGAUCGUAUUUUGUAUUCGGUUCAACCGAACAAUAAACAACCCAAUAAUAAUUUGGAAAUAGAACAGUGUGCCUACAAAUCCAUUCCUGGCUAUUGCAUCAGUGAUCACAAGCCGGUGACUAGUGAAUUUACCAUUAAACUAUAUCCCAAUUAUCGUGCGCCAUGUGUUGAAUUCAAGGACAUCACUGCUUGGAAAAUUGACGAGGAAAACACUGUGGAGUACAAGAAACCUUUGGAUUUACAAGAACGCGAUUUCGAUUGGAUAGGCAUUUAUCCGGUCAACUAUGCUAGUCUUAAGGAAUAUGUUUCAUAUGAAUAUGUCAAUAAGACAGAGUCUCCUCCAUCCACUCCAGAGGCUAAUGAUCCAUUUUGGGAUAGCAAUACAGGAGGACGCAGACAUCGCAGGCAUGGCCAUCGCCAUCACAAUCCAAAUCGUGAGCGUGUACGACGUCAACAACAAGCCAAUGAGGAAUUAGUUCGUCUUGAAUUUGAUGAUGAUGCCGAUCUUAAGGAUGGCGAAGAAUAUGUGCUAAUCUAUUUCCAUAACACCGGAUUACGGGGUGUAUCAAGUGUGGCUGGCAUAAGUAAUGUUUUCAAGGCCGAAAAGCGACCCUCAACACCGAGACUUUCCAACGUAGACUAACAGAGGUUUUCAUUUGGCUAUGCCAGUGAUAUAUUAUUGAUAUGAAAUCCGUACCACCAAACAACCCCCGAACCAAUAAAACC